AUGGUAUCACUCGACGAAAGGCUUGAACUCUUGUUUAUACAAAACCAAAUUGAAGAGGUCCACAACGGAAUAAUUCCUGACUCUCCAAUCCUAAGUUUUAAUUUUGACAGCUUGUUAUCAACUCCUCCGACCUUUUCUAAAGCAUCAUCAAACUCUUGUUUGUCUUCAAGAAAAAGAACUAUAAAGGACCUUAGGUCAAAAAAAAUCAGACAGCCAAUUUUAGACGAAAAUUAUGAUUACACACUUUUUCAAAAUGAAAACGAUAAAAAACCAUCUAAAAUUAUCAAUGAUUUUAGACUUACUGAGCCUGAGGGGCAAGAAGAGUUUUGUAAACCGUUAAAAUUUAUCAGUGAUAGUCCAUUAGUCAGCCCUCUUAGAAAUCAAUCAACAAACAACCUUAAAAGAAAAUUUUCUCCGUAUAACGGAAUCGACAUAUCUCAAGAAAAUUUUAAGAAAUUGAAAAGCAAUUUUUCUUCAUGGCUUAAAAAUGAGGAAAUCGCUAAAUCUUGUAUAUUGAAUUAA